CAGGCUACUUUUCUCCCCAGCAUUUACCUAAUCAAAUAUUGAUUCUUUGUCACGUUAUUCCCACCUUCCAAGAAUUCCAACCAAAAGACAGAUUCGUGUCACGCAGUUCCUACAUCCGCCUGAGUCCAACUACAAGUUGGCCUCGGCUGCGACAGAAGGGCCUCUUUCGCAUCAAUAUUAGGGCCUUUGUAUCUGUGAGACGAAAGGGGAAGAAAUGCCCACCAUGUGGCUUUCAGAAAACCAGAAGAUUGGGGUUAUCUUCUGUUCGGGUGGUGGCCUGUUCCUAUUUGGGGGUGUGCUGAUGUUCUUUGAUCGCGCACUACUUGCCAUGGGAAAUAUUCUCUUUCUCAUCGGCCUGACGUUGAUAAUCGGUGUUCAAAAGACUGUCGCCUUCUUCUCCCGUCGCCAGAAACUAAAGGGCACUGCCGCAUUUGCGUCUGGUAUUCUACUUAUCCUCAUGCGAUGGCCACUGACGGGCUUCUUGAUCGAGUUGUACGGUAUCUUCAUUUUGUUUGGAGACUUCUUGAUCACUAUUGGUCAAUUCGCAGGCAACAUCCCCGUUAUCGGACCGUACAUAAAGACGGCUCUCGAGACACUUGCUGGCGGCAGGAGUGAUGCUGAACUUCCUGUAUAGCUCUCUUUUUAUCCUUGAGCAGUUUAGAAUGCUGAGGUAAAGGACGACUUCAUUUUCCUUAAUGUGUACGAAUCAAUACGGGGUGCUCUCGUAUGAAUGAUAUGAGCACGAAGGGAUGCAACCGAUCAGGGAUGACGGUGGUAUUGGAGUUCAUAGAAGUAGGUUAUUGGCAUUUUGGGGUUCAGAAGGCGGCGCCCUUCUUCUUUCAUGAGGUGGGAACUGUUCUUGUUUAUACAUUCAGAUUAUACCUUGUAAUUAUAGGAAUGCAUGGAUACCUUC